AUGUCUGCAACCAAGACUCGGACAAGUAGCUUCUCCCGCAACUUUGCAUCUGCAAACUCAUCUCAAAUCCCCGGACUCAAGCAUGGCCCUAAUGGCACAAUGUUUAUUUCAUCUGGGAUACCAGACCUUGAUAAGAUUUUAGGUGGUGGGUUUUCUCUAGGAAGCCUAGUCAUUGUGAUGGAAGAUGCGGAAGCACCUCAUCAUAUGCUUUUGCUUAGGAAUUUUAUGUCUCAAGGACUCGUUCACAAUCAACCCCUUCUCUAUGCAAGCCCAUCUAAGGACCCAAGACAAUUUCUUGGUACUUUGCCUAGUCCAGCGGUACCCAAAGAUGAUAAGUCUAGUCAUCGAGAUCCUGACCAGGAGAAAGGAUUGAGGAUAGCUUGGCAAUAUAAGAAGUAUUUUGGUGAAAAUCAGCACAGUUCUGAUAGUCAAGGUGGAAAACAUGAGUUCUGCAAUGAAUUUGACUUGCGGAAGCCCUUGGAGAGGCAAUUUCUAAGUGGCAAGCAUAUAGAUUGCAUUAGCAUUCAAGAUUCUCCAAAUCUUGUUACCCUUAAUGACCGUUGUGCCACAUUUUUAUCUCAAUUUCCAAGAAGUGAUAGAAGCAUUUCUUCUGUUGGUCGUAUUGCCAUUCAAUCAUUCUGUGCUCCACAGUGUGAAUUUUCCAACAUGGAAUGGGACAUGCUUUCCUUUGUUAGAUCUCUAAAAGGCAUGGUUAGAUCUUCAAAUGCAGUUGCUGUUGUGACAUUUCCACCUAAUCUUCUUUCGCCAUCCUCCUGUAAAAGAUGGCAGCACAUGGCGGACACCUUGCUGUCGGUCAAAGCAAUUCCAGACGAGGACAAGGAAUUGGAAAAACUCCUUACUGGUUACCAGGACAUGGUUGGCCUUCUGAAUGUGCAGAAAGUAGCACGUCUUAAUACACAGGUUCCUGUGAUUCUUGAGGCAACAACCUUGUCAAUAAAGUUGAAAAAGCGGAGGUUUAUGGUUUUAGAAUGUCUAAACCAAGCCCCUAUUGAUGGCUCAAGCGGGAGUUCAUAUGGCACUACCGGUGGUUGUUCUGUGUCCUCUAAAAGUGGGACUCUUGAUUUUUAG